AUGACGAUGGCCGCGCGGCCGAUCCCCUCCUCCCCCGCCACCGUCUCCCUGCCCGCCCCGCUCCUCUUUCUCCCGCCGAUUUCUCGGAAGCCGUCGGCCUCCUUAUCCUGCAGCAGCAGAGCACGCCGCGGCGCCCGGUGCUCCGCCGCGAACAAGCCCUCCUCACCCCCUUCCGCCGCUCCGGGCAACGAGGUAAGCGGCGGCAGCAGCAGCUCCAUGGCCAAGAUAAGGAGCGAGGUGCUGUCCCCGUUCCGGUCGGUGCGCAUGUUCUUCUACCUCGCCUUCAUGGCCAGCGCGGGCCUGGGUAGCCUCAUCGCGCUCACGCAGCUCCUCCCGGCGCUGGGGAACCCCGCGAGGGCGGCGGGCGUCCCGGAGACGCUCAAGGGCCUGGGCAUCGACGUGGCGGCGGUGGCCGUCUUCGCGUUCCUCUACUCGCGCGACCGCAAGGCCAGCGACGCGCAGGUGGCCAGGCUGACGCGGGAGGAGAACCUGUCGAGGCUCAAGCUCCGCGUCGGCGACGGCGGCCGGGUGGUGCCGCUGAGCGAGCUGCGGGGCAGCGCGCGGCUCGUCAUCGUCGCCGGCCCCGCCGAGUUCGUCGCCGAGUCGUUCCGCCGGAGCAGGCCGUUCCUCAGGGACCUCAUGGAGAGGGGCGUGCUGGUGCUGCCCUUCCCCACGGACGGCAACGCGCCGGCGCUGGAGUUCGGCGAGGACGGCGACGGCGGGGAGGCGGAGGCGGAGGACGAGGAGGUCGUCAGGAAGAGCAGGAGGCUCUGGCAGCUCUCGCCGGUGUACACCUCCGAGUGGGCAAAAUGGUUGGCUGAGCAGAAGAAGAUGGCGAAUGUGACGCCUGAUUCCCCUGUGUACCUGUCGCUGAGGAUGGACGGCCGCGUCCGGGGCAGCGGCGUCGGCUAUCCUCCAUGGCAAGCGUUCGUGGCGCAGCUGCCGCAGGUCAAAGGGAUGUGGUCGGGACUUUUUGAUGGAAUGGACGGGAGAGUGUAG